AUGGACGUUUGUCAGACGGUGUGGUUGCCGGAGAUUCGCAAAUACGCCGGUGAUAAUGUGCCCGUAUUACUGAUAGGAACCAAGGAAGACCUGUUAGAUUCGUCGGACGAGAGACAAACGGGUCACGUUCGAUACCGCACGAAAAGCCGCCAGAUGAUCACUGCGUCUAAAAGUAGUCCGACUAGUGCGGAGGCAAGCGACGCAGUUACCUCGGGGGCGAUGGGCUGCAUCAAGUUUCUCCCGUGUUCAGCACUCACCCAUCGAGGACUGAAGCAGGUUUUCGAUGAGGCGUUUUUGCUGGCGAUCGGCGUCAUCGUUAAGGACGAUUACAUGAGGCCCUGUUGUAUUAUAUUGUGA